AUGACCGAUCCUGCUGCUUGGGAUGCUACGCGGCUGCUGCAGACCCCUCCCAACCCUCGGCUGUCCUACGUUGUACACUCUGUGUCAGGCUACCAUGCUUCCUUUCACCCUUCGCACAUCCUCGUCGACAAGCCGACAGACGAUUCGUCAAGGUGGACCGCUCCGAGUCCGGAGGAUCGCCGCCAGCAAGCUAGAAGGACGGCAGGAGUCGGUACAGGCCCAAGCAGUGCAGGGACCAACCCGGCCAGACGCAGGGAGCCGGAAUGGAUCAUCGUCGAACUCGAGCAAGUCGCGAUAUUGAGGACUGUCGGGUUCGGGAAGACUACGAAGCCCCACCCCUGCAAUCUCGCCGACUUUACGCUGUGGGGCGGUCUAACGCCAGAUCCGCUGUCGAUGGAACCGCUGCUAGAAGGGGGCUUGAAGAACGAUGCGAUGCCUGAGCGGUUCGAGGUGCCGAUAGAGGUCGGCGGAAAGAGGGGAAAGGCUCCCUUGCCAAUCAAGUAUCUCAAGAUCGACUGCCACGUCGCUGCGAACGCCAACUACUCGAUCUCGAUCUGGCACCUCUUCCUCGAGGGCUAUCUCCCGCCGUCCUCCCCCUCGCCCUUGUCCCCCCUCCCUCCCGCUUCGACGCUCGUAUCGCUCUACACCUCUCACCGCUCGCGCACGACGAAUCAUCUCAUCCUCGCGCAUCUGCGCCGCCUUGGACCGCGCUCGCAAGGCAUCCGGGCUUUCGACCUUCUCUACGACUCGCUCGAUACGAUCACGCGCGAUACGUUCGAGAGUCCACUUUGCCGGGAGUUGCAUGAAAAGCUGGUAAGGGAGGGAGAGUGGGAAGAGGCGGAACGGAUAUUGGAUCGAGGGGAAGAGGGAGGGCUGUUCCGGGAGUGGACGCCCGGAGGGGGCAAGGGAAGGACGGUGGCGAAAUGGGAACCACUCUCGCCCUCUCGCUCGACAGCGCAGGCGACGCACUCCUGGCCGACUGGACGAGGCGGACAUGCGAUGGUCCGCGUGGGGCGGAAAAUCCUGCUCUUCGGCGGAUGGGACGGGUCGCGCGACUUGGGAGAUCUGUGGGAGUGGGACCUGACGGCGCCGGACGGUGGAUGGAGGUGUCUCGAUUCGGGGGAAGAGACCAAGGCGAAGGAUCAGCGACCAGGUCCGAGGAGUUGUCACCAGAUGGUCGUGGACGAGUCGGAGGGUUGGGUGUACUUGCUGGGUGGCAGGAAGGACGAGGAAGAGGCGGAGGACGAUGACGACGUGGCUAUGGCGGAGGACCUUGACGACCGUCCUCGACGUCCUCGCAGACCGUCAACUUCCGUUCCGUCGGCCGAACAUACGCCUACGCAUCCUGGCUCUAUGACAAGCUUGCACGGGUCAUCAAAGGAGGACCGGUGGAAGAGCGACUUCUGGCGGUAUAAGGCAGUCGGACCCGGCCGCGGCGAGUGGGAAUUGAUCAGCGAGGACACGAGACGGGACGGCGGACCAGCCCUGCUCUUCGACCACGCCAUGGCCCUUCACUCGCCCACAUCUCGCCUCUUCGUCUUCGGCGGCAAGAACCAACCCUUUGAGCCUUCGGCACGCGAUGAGCUGUCGACAAGCUCGGAUGCCGACCCGACGAAGACGAGAUAUAGCGGAUUGUGGUGCUACGACUUGCGGCGGAAGAAGUGGAGUCACCUGCUCGGUGACCCUCGACCGCCGCCGGGUUCGACGACGCCCUCGACCCUCAGUUCUGACCGACUGCUCUCUCGAGCCGGACAUGCCCUUUUGCUCGAUCCUUCGCCCCGUCAUCCGACCCUGUACGUCUACUCCGGCCAGCGGAACGAGCAGUAUCUUGAAGAUCUGUGGGCGAUUCGACUCGCCAGCGUCGACGGAUCGGGAGAGCGAGGGCGGCCGGGGAAGCGGGAAGAGGGCGACGCUCGCGAGGAUGACGAGGAUGAUCCCUGGUGGCGCCAGGGAACGGUUCUCGACUUUCCUUUCCCAUCGUCAUCUGGGUCGUCGCUAUCGUCAGCCGCAGCUGCCGCCUCGCGGUCGCUGGUCGACCUCUCCGCGCUACCCGCAUCUCCCGAAUCAUCGCCUUCCCGAGUUGGCGGGGGAACUUCCGUAUCGUCGAUGUCGCGCCCAACCAUUCUACAGAUCUGCCGCCUCUGGCCGCCUCCGCCUACCUCUUCUCCGCAUCCCACGCUCACUUCCAGUCCCACGCCACCACCCGGCUUCACGCAACGGCUCGUCCUCGAUUCACACACCGACUCCUGGACGCUCCUGACGGGAUUGAUCCGCUCGCUUCCACCGUCCGCAUCGUACGGCGGCGGGAUGGCCUAUGCGAACGAGACGAGGGAGAGCUGUCUGCCGGGCGUGUGGAGGAGGACAAGGGCGCCCGGUCAGACGCGCGGCGAGGGCAAGAGUUGGCGAUGGGAAAGACUUCAGGAAGAGCGAGGAGCAGGAGCUGUGUCGGCGGAUCAGGCGGGCGACGGAGCCGUUCCAGCAGGAAGGUUUGCGGCCCAGAUUGUCUUUGAUCCUCUGAGGCAUGAGACGUACCUGUUUGGCGGACACUCGGACGUGCGCGGUCCGGUGGAGCAUCGCUUGAGUGACAUGUGGAUGCUGAGGAUCAUCGAGCCCACGCCCGGAGAAGCGCUGAGAUUGGCCAAGUUUCUCGUGCGGAAACAGCGCUUCAACGAGCUGUGCAAGACUGCGCCCACGGUCAUCGCCCUCCAGUACCUCCAGAACGAUCUCUCGAGCGUUGUCGACCACUCGUCGUCUAGCGAAUCGGCAUCCUUUCGACGAUGCAUGGCGGCUUUGCUGUCCGCUCCUCCGUCGAUGAACGUCGAUGCCGCACUGGAUGGGUCGUGUGAGCUGCCGUCUCAGGCGGCCGUCAAUGCCUGCGCCGCGGAGGUAUACCGGGACCGGCACAAGCUGUGGGAGGAAAUCUGCCGGUUCUUUCCAAACGAGGAGCGGCAGCCAGAGGAGGAUUUGGAUGAUACAAGCCGGCUGUUGCGGGUGUGGCAGAUGACGGGCAGGCGAUGCUAG